UAGAAGAAGCGCCUCUUCCUAUGACUGGACGGCAGUGUCACGUGGUCUAAUACAGCUGUCUGGGAGAUAGGAAGUACACGUCCCUGAAGUGCAAGUUCUUCACUUAUACCGCCGUUUUUCUGUGUUGCAGACUCGAGACAUUGCUGAAAAUGCGGUACCUUAGUGCAGCUGGGCUGCUUGUGCUCUCUGUAUGUCUUCUAUUUCUUACUCCAGGGUUUGCCGACACAGGACUUGGUCGAGGAUUUGGGGAUCAUAUCCAUUGGAGAACUCUGGAUGAUGGGAAGAAGGAAGCAGCUGCUAGCGGCUUACCUCUUAUGCUAGUGAUCCACAAGACAUGGUGCGGAGCAUGCAAAGCAUUAAAGCCAAAAUUUGCAGAGAGCAAGGAGAUUUCAGAACUGUCGCAUAAUUUUGUGAUGGUUAACUUGGAGGAUGAGGAGGAACCAAAAGAUGAAGCCUUUAGCCCAGAUGGUGGAUACAUCCCUAGAAUACUUUUCCUUGAUCCCACUGGUAAAGUCCACCCUGAGAUUAUAAACUCCAAAGGAAACCCAAGUUAUAAGUAUUUCUACAACACUGCUGAGCAAGUGACUGAAGCAAUGAAGGAAGCCCAAGAGAAGCUCACGGGAGAUUCCUUUAUGAAACAUACGGAUGAGCUGUAACUCUGGUAUCUUAUCCGAUAAUUAAUGCGAGCCUCUCUGUGACUCAACCAGAGUUGUGUACCUGACUGGGAAUAUAAUACCAGCACAAAUUCACUUUUUCAUACUGUAAUGGACCUGCACUGCAAUGCACAGGAGCCAUAUGAGGCUGAUGUACUUCACCCUCACCAGAUUCUCUUUAAAACUGGACAUUCUCUAUUACUCUUGAAGAUCUUGACAGUAUAGCAUCACCAAGUCCCACUUUUAUCUUGUUUGCUACGAACCCUUCUAAAACUUUGGUUUGCUAAAAAAAAAAAGGGAAAUACAUUUUGUUAAAAAAAUAUCUUCUGAUUUAUGUGUUACAAUUUUUUUUGUUUCAAGAAGAAUUACAUCAUAAUUGUGCUACAGAUAUAAGUCAAGAUAUCACCUUGGCAGCUUACAGUAGAAAGUGCCUUUCCCAUAAACCCAGGGUGCAUGCUGCACUGAACUAUUCUUCUGUGCAGUAUGCAUCCUUAUUCUCUUUAUGGAUAUAAAAUGGCUAUGGUAUAACAGUUCUCAGGCCACAUAUUCUAACUUAACUCUCACUUUGCUAUAUUUCACAAUUCUAUUAGUGUAGUUUUAAAACCCUGCAUUUAUUUAUUUUUUUAACUCCCCCAAAAGCAUUAUUAUAUCUCUGUACUGGACUCUUUCUUGAUCCACCACCAGUGUAAAUGGUAUAUCCAGUAGUGUGAAUGCUGGAAGCACAUUGCAGUUUUGGGGCUGCUAAAAAGACAAGAAUUUUGGCCAAAACGAUAAUGGGGUUGGUGGGGGGGGGGCUGAGAUUUAAAUAUAGUCCACAGGUUCACACUACACUGACCUCAUUCUUUAUAAAGGCCUCCACCAGUUAGCAUUUAAAUAUAUAUCAUUUAUAUACAUGGUCUGCAGUAUUCUCUGUUAAUUACAGUCCUAACUAUUACAGUUUAUUAUAACUUUACUGUGAGGUUAAAAACCAGCCCUUGAAGGAAUUAACAACCAGUUUAGUAUUACUGAAUUUCGUGGUUUGAAUGUUUCCUGUGUCUCUAAUCCUCCAGCUUUUACUAGUCAUACUGGCACUGCCUAUACUGGCACAGUGUUACUGGCAUACUGUUACGGUCAUGAAUUUACUUAAUGUAAAUGUGUUUGUUUUUAAAGCACUUUUGCACAGUAAUGUUUUCACAAUAAAAUAAUGAAAUAUG